AUGGGUUGGCUUUCAAUAGGCAUAUUCAUUUGUGCUUCUUUUUCAUAUUUCAUAGAUGCCGAUUUCAAUUGUACACAAGCUCCAGAUUCAGGUAACAUCGAACGAAGCUUCUGAAUCAAUUGAGAAUUUUCAGAUAUGGAGCAAACGUGUCAUAUGUUACAAGAAUGGGAUAGUGCGGCAAGAAAAGCGAUUAGGAAAAGACAAGUUUUUCGGGGAAAUGUUGGUGAGUUGAGGCUUCAGAGGGUUUGAUGCACGGCUCGUAAUUUACCACCCCAAAUCACUAGACCUCAAAUUUUUCAAUAAUUUUUGUGGUAGAUCAAAAAUAUUUUUUCUCUAAAUCUCUCAUUUUUUGCGUUGAUUUCGUCGAUUUUUAAUCCCACAUCGUGUCAGGCCUCAAAAAAUGCGCAAACUUUUUUUUCUCAACGGCACCUCGCGUUAUUCCGAAUUUUGUUUCACAUCACAAAUCACUCUAAUCCCACCCAGUUUUUCUUCUUCUUCAUUAUUCACUCUAAUACAUGAAUCACUUCACUUUCACAGGCCAACCAGGAGUAAUUAUAGGAGCACCGGGAGUAGCCGGUUUUCAACCAGCAAAUCCACCUCGAUUUGCACCAUCUGCACAAGGAUGUAUGAAUAUUGCUUGUAUUUGUCCAUAUAUGGGUGGAAGAAUGGCAAAUGGAUGUAUUCUACCAAAUGGACAACCGUAUCUUAUGUCAUAUCGAAAAGAAUAUAGGUUAGAUUUGAUAGGAAAAUGAAAAAUCGCAAUCAAAAUUUGAUUUCAGAAUGAUGUCAGAUAAUGAGAGAAUGCGUUGGCAUAAUGCGAUGAUGCAAUUAAAACGAAGUGGUGAAUAUGAUAGAUUAUCAGUUAUGCAUCGACAAGUUGGAUCAGCUUCUGGUGCUCAUUCAGGUCCUGGUUUUCUUCCAUGGCAUAGAGAAUAUAUGAAACGAAUGGAAAUUGCACUUCGUUUAAUUGAUCCCGGAAUAUCGAUGCCAUAUUGGGAUAGUGUUCUUGAAUCAUAUUUACCAGAUCCGAGAGAUUCAAUUAUGUUUAGUCCACAAUUUAUGGGAAUGACUGAUGCUUCUGGACAAUUAGUUAGUGGACCAUUUGCUGGAUUUAGAACAUUAGAAGGACGACCAAAUAUUAUCAGGUUUGAAAGAUUUUUGGGGAGACAAUUUUGAAAAUGUUAUGAAUUUUUUAGACGAAUGGCAACUGAAGGAAAAAUGUUCACCGAACAAAAUAUAAAUAAUCUGAUGACACAAAAUGAUAUUGUUAGUGUAAUGGCAUUCACAGCCCCACAAGGAGGUAAGAACUACAUUUAUUAAAAUAACUAAAAAACACAAAGUACCUUUGACCUUUUUUGUUCCUUCUUUGGAUCUGAUGAAAAUCGGAAACUUCUCACAAAAUUUAGAACUCUCGAAAAAAUUUAAAAACUGUACUUCCAAAUAUAAAUCAAAAGUACUGUAGGUCAGAACUUUUGUAUAUACUGUAGACCAGAACUAUUGUCCUGUUAUGAACAGUUUUUGGGAUCAGGAUUACUGUAGGCAUUUUUUAUUCUGAAUUUUUAAAAUACUAAAUCAAAGGUUUGAAUUUUUGGGGUACUGUGGAAAAUAUUACUGUGAAUCUUUUAAAUUUGGAACUUGGAACUUUGCAGCUUCUUGAGUUGGGAUUUUCUGGGAUACUGUAAAAAAUGGGGGUACUGUAGAUCCCAAAUAAAUGCAACUUCAACCAGCCCUCCACCAUCAACCUGUUUUCAAUUUCAGGUUGCCCAUUCCGCCCAUAUUUUGGUGCACUUGAAUACACCCAUGCCUCUAUUCAUUUAUGGAUGGGCGGUGAUAUGAAACCACCUUCAACUUCUGCAAAUGAUCCCAUAUUUUUCCUUCAUCACACUUUUGUCGAUUUCAUUUGGGAAAUGUGGAGACAAAAUCAUCAGAAUCGAUUUACAAGAGAAAGUGUGAGUUUUCUAUAUUUUUUUUUGAAAAAUCUAACAAUAAAAUAUUGUUGUUUCAGCAAUACCCUCCAGAUAUUGCUCAAUGUGCAAAUGCUCAACAUUUCAGUUAUGCUCAAAUGCGUCCUUGGGAUAAAAUAAAUCGUGAUGGAUUAUCAAAUGCCUACACAGAUAAUCUUUAUCAUUACGCACCUCGUCCAACAUGCAAUCGUAACAAUGCCCAAUGUGGUUCUCCAUAUCUAUUCUGUGACACUCGUGGAAACCCACAUUGUGUCGCCAAAAUCAAACCAGGUGGUUUAUGUCGUGGUUUCGAAGGUCUUGAUGCCUGCUACAUGGGAAGCUGUGUAGCAGGCUGGUGCCGGGGUGGCGAACAGUUUCAACAACCCGCUCAAACAACAGCCCUCAUUCCUCAACAACCUGCGAUUCAGCCGCAACAACCUGCGGCGCAAGCAGCGACGACAGCGAGACCUGCUGUAGCUGCGGCAACUCCGCGACCACCAGCUGCAACUCCAAGACCAGCUGCAACACCACAAUCGGUAAGUUUUCUGGGACAAGACAAACAUCAGAAGACUUUUUGAAUUUUUGAAAAUCGUUGGGGUUAAUUUUGGAAUAAGUUCGAAAAUAUUUUUUAAAAAAAUAUUCGGAAGAUUUUGACAGCAAUUGAGAAGUUGUCGAAUUUAAAAUUAUCUAAUCACUAAACUCGGAACCUCCUUUUGAACCUUUCGACAAUAACCAGAGCUUGAUCGGUCUGUCGGAAGGUUCGCACUUAGAUUCCACCUCCCCAGUGAUGAUAUCGGAAUUCGGAAUUCCUACAUUUCAAAAAACCUGUUGUAUCUCAUCCCUAUUUUUUUGCAGAACUGUUACAACGAAGAUCCAUGUUGUGCACAAUGGUCAAGACAAAAUGAGUGUCGAACAAAUACAGCAUAUAUGAAUAGAUACUGUAGAAAAUCGUGUGGUUUUUGCACAAAUCCAUCUGAUAAUCAAAGAGGUGAGUCAUGGAAUGUGGUACUGUUUUUUACAAUGACCUUUCCUCAUAAACAACAAAGGUUCAAAGUUCUAACAUCUUGGUCUCCCAAUUAACUUCCUUUAAAGAGAUAAAAACACCUUUUCAAUUUAGGAUGUCACGAUCGUCAUCUCUCAUGUGGUUUUUGGCGUUCUCAAAACUUCUGUACUCGCCGUCGUCAAUGGAUGGCUGAAAAUUGUCAAGCUUCUUGUGGUUGGUGUAAUCUGAAUGAAGCUCAACUCUGUCAACAUGUUGCUCGAAUGUCUCGUCGAAUUCGACGAGACAAUUCUCGAUUCUGGGAACAACAAAAUGAUGAACCAAUUGAUGAUGUCGAUGAAUUCAUGCUUGAUUAUGGUCGUUAG